AUGCAAUCAUUAAUUAAUAUCGCUAAUCGAAUUCGGGCAUACGCCGUACAAUUGAAUUUCUUUGAAAACGGGAGCACUCGUUUAGAUCAAUUUCAUUUACGUACUACGAUAAUUUCUACUCGAGUCUAUACGACUCUCCUCACACUCGCCAUCAUCGUUAUUGUCGUAGUUACUUCACUGGUCACUCAAUCUGAAGUAAACUAUCAAACGUUGCUGAAGAAAAAGUUAACCCAAUUAUUAUGUUCAUGCAGUCGUAUCACUAUUCCAUAUGGUAACUUUACUUCAACAAUGGUCACUUAUCAUCUUCAAUCGCCUAUAUAUUAUGUGCCAGGAUUUGCAGUUGAAGCUCUACUGCAGUCGAUACUUGAAUGUUUAUUUGAUUGGUCAUGUCUCAAAACUAUACACGCUUUUAUUCCAUCUAGCAAUAUUACCGAUGCAACUCCUCUCGACACGAAUAAAACUCGAUUCACUCCAAACACAUCCAUCAGAACAAUUGUCAGUAGUUUAUUUAUCGAAAAUUGGACAACAGAACAGUCAUUUUCCGAUUAUUAUGCACAAUUUGCUCCUAACUUGUGCACUUACACAUCAGUACAUCACAAUAAUGUAUUAUAUAUAAUAACCAAACUUUCAGGAUUAUGUGGUGAAUUAAGUGCCGUUCGUCGUUUGUGUAUUCCAUUUAUGAUUGAAAGAUGGCGCAAAACAACACGCAAUACUUUAACAGUACCUGGUCGUAGUGAGUAUCAGUAUAUAAAGAUUUCCAGAUUUAGUAAAUUUUCACCGAAUGGGAUUUUGUUUUCGAGUUUUUUCACAUACACAAUGCCUUCAAGCAAUACUCGAACAAUGCACACUGAUCCAUUAGAACGUACCACUUUAAGAAUUUCAACUUGGAUAUAUCUUAUUCUUUUAUGCUUAUCAAUGAUUAUUAUUGUUCUAUUUACUAGUUUAAGUGUUCAAAUCCACCAUGAGAUUAUUGAAGAUCUAUCAAUAGUCGACUUCGAAUAUUUACCAGAAAAAUAUACACGAUCAAUUCAAUGUCCAUGCAGUGAAAUAAUUAUUCCACAUUAUUCGUUUAUAUCACUUUCUCCUCAAUUUCAUCUAGUGUGUACAAGUGACUUUUUAUCCGAUCUAUGGUUUAAUUCCAUAGCAGAAGCGGGUUGGCCUCAGAAACUGACGAAAACGAUCGUAUUAGACGCAUUAUCUAUUUUUAAUCAUUCGUCGUUAAUCACUGAUCAAAGGUUAUCUCGUGCCGAAUUGAUAGCUCGUAUACGACACGCAUUCAACCAGUUUCCAUUGGACACAGUAGCUGAAGUGACGUAUAGUAUUGCACUUGUCCAAUCUCAAAUAUCGACUAUGUAUACAACGGGACAAAGUGAUGCCUUCUGGAAAUUGUCCCCUUGGCAUAAUCGAUCACAUUCAAAGUAUUGUCAAACAGUAUCAAAACAAUUAGGCAAGUGUUCAUGUGCAUUUGAUGGCAAGUGUAAAUUAGAAAUGAUUUUGUACAACUACACUAAUUAUUUGGAUGUUGAUCCACUCAGACCAAUAUUUAAGAUCUCAAACAUGUUUGUCGGUUGUUUUCCAAUUCAAUCUCUUCUUCAAUCAUCAUUAGAAUGCAUGUUUGACCAAACAUGUUUGGAUCCUCUCGUAAAUCAAAUGAAGAAUAUUAUCGCGGUAGCACGCAAACUAAACAUAUCGAUAUUACAAUGGAAUUCGACACGAUUUUUUCCUAAGACGCUUAUUCAAGAAAUAAUUAACGAAAUGAGGAUUGAAACAUGGAAUGAAAACAUCAAUUAUAGUAAAUAUUAUGCAUACUGUGCGCCCAAACGUUUCCCCUACUCUUAUAUAUUACGUGACAAUGCAAUCUAUGGAUUUAUUACAAUGAUUGGUUUAUUUGGUGGACUUUCAAGUACUUUGAGAAUUAUCGUUCCAUCUCUCGUUCAUCGGAUACGAAACAAGAAUCGUACAAGAGGUCAAAGAAAUAAUAUGUCACGUAAGUCAGAUUAA